CUGGAAAUGUCACAUGUAUCCCUCCUGUGUGCCCUCCUGUUACAUGCACUGACCCCUUCCUAUCAGACUGCUGCCUCAGAUGCCCAGAUGGAUGUGAAUUCCAAGAUCAUUUUUAUCCCCAUGGAUCCAAAUUUAGCAGGGAUGAUAAUGGAUGCACCUCUUGUUUAUGUCAGAACGGCGCUGUUGAAUGUUCGUUUAUUCCAUGUCCCAGUCUAGAAUGUCCCAGAGAGAACUGGGUGCUGGAGGCCGGCCAGUGUUGCUUUAAAUGCCAGGAACCCAUGCAAAGGACAGCGAACAGCUGAAUUCGGACGCCUCUCCGAAAUUUAUAAGCCUCCUGAUGGUCGGCUGACCAAGGAGACGCAAAUCGGAGAGGGCGGCACUGGAGCCGUGUUCAUGGGCCAUCACCAUCGCAGAGGCAAGGUAGCCGUCAAGAUGGCCAACAUCACUCGGGAUGAGGAGUCAGUCUGCCGAGAGGUAAGCUUUCUCCUGAAGUUCAGCAGGCACAGGAACAUCGCCUCUUACUAUGGAGCUUAUUACCACCCUGCUCCAAACGAGGAGUCAUCGGAGUAUCUGGAGCUUGUCCUUGAGUACUGCAGCGGCGGCUCCCUGUACGACCUGAUCGACAGCACCGAAGGCCAAUCCCUGAAGGAGACCUGGAUUGGCUAUGUCUGCAGGGAGGUAUUGAAGACUCUCAACCACAUCCACCACCACCGGGCCGUUCACAGGGACAUCAAGAGCCCCAACGUGAUGCUCACCAAGAAGGGAAACAUCAAACUCAUCGAUUUCGGACUCUGCUGGGACCUGGACCCACAGACAGGAAAGUGCAACCAGGCUGAUGGGACUGCGCACUGGAUGGCGCCCGAGGCCUUUAGGAGGAGGGACAGGGAACCGGAAUUCGACACCAAAUGUGACAUCUGGUCCCUUGGAAUCACUGCCAUCGAAAUGGCCGAGGGAAAAACACCAUACGCCGAUCAGGAGCUAGUGUCGGACCUGGUCAUCAACAACGACUCUCCGAGGCUCAUAUCAAGGACCUGGUCUGAAACUUUUGUGUCCUUCUUGGAGUCGUGCCUUGAGAAGGAUCCUUCCCGGAGAUGGAGUGCGGAAGAGCUGCUGCAGCACCCGUUCAUUACUGAACUGCCCCCUGCGAAGACCAUCAGGGCUGAAAUCGAGGAACACCUUCGGGCUGUGCAGAACCGGCCGGCCAAACAAGGAUUGAGAGCAGUUCGCUGGGCCAGGAAACAGCUACGGCGGGCCAGGGAACAGCUACGCGGGGCCAGGGAACAUCUAUGGCCUCGCUGGGCCAUGGAACAUCUCCGGCGGGCCAGGGAACAGCUACGGCAGGCCAGGGAACAGCUACGGCAGGCCAGGGAACAGCUACGGCGGGCCAGGGAACAGCUACGGCCUUGCUGGGCCAUGGAACAUCUACGGCGAGCCUGUGACUUCUGUGCAACUGAAACAUCGCCAGAACAGAAGGAGGCUCAGCAAAUGGCCCUGGAGGGUUUUGCCUGUGUGUGAUCCUGUGGCCAAUAACAUCAAAUGCCCAGGGUGAGUCUCCUGUAUACCAUCCAAGGAGAAAGGAACAUCUGCAGAGAAAGGUACCAUCUCUCCUUCUUCUACUGCUCCUUUACCACUAGGCUCUUUCCUCAGACUACCACACCUCUAGCAUCUGUAGCUCCAUCAACACGAUCCCUUGCAGCUGCCCCAGCUCCUCCACAGUGGCGUCUCCUCUUUAAAUAACUGUAACUCCACCAGCAGUCUCUGCCUUUAACAUCUGCAUUCAGAUCUGUUUUUCUAACUGUAGAUCUGUCAUCAUUAUCUGUCAUCAUAUCUCAGACUACCACUGCUCCACCAAUGAUGUCUUUUUUUUAAUAUCUUAAUUUCAAACAACCACAGCAACAGUAAUACUCACCACAGAUUUCUACAGAUUCACCAGUGGCAUUCACAUUUUUUAAACACCACAGCUCCACCAGUGGGACCUUAGAUUCAAAUUACCAUAGCUCCACCCGAGGUCUCUUCUCUUAAUUUUAGCUCCACCACCUGCCUUCCCUUUAUUUGUCUACUCCUCAACCAGCAUGCUCUUUGCCUUAUUCUAAUCUCUUAUUUCUCUUCAGCUAGUCUCUUCCAUUUAUCUUCUGUUCCACCCUCACACACUCCAAAUCUCCCACUGUAGAGCCAGCGACACCUCCUCUCUAAUCCCCUCACAUACACACUGACAUAAACCCUUAGUACAAGUUGAUCCAGGGACUUGUCCGAUUGCCCUUUUGGGAGUC